UACAACAGCUGACCGUCUUGAGCCGGAGCCGAGCUUAUCGGAAUACAUUCAAUUUAAUACGGAGUGCAUGGACAAUUUAUCGUAGGGUUUAUUUAAGGAGAUUAAUUUCUUUGUGGGAUUAAAGUUAGAACACUCCAAAAUUUAUAUAAGCCUUUUUUUAUUUUAAUGGAAAUUGGUAUUAACCAAUUUCCCAAGCAAAAAAAGCUACAAAAAAAUCCCAAUCCUGAAAAAGGCUCGGUUUGAUCAUUGGAAAAAAUAUUUUCUACAUCGUAGGUUUAAUUAAAUAGUGAAGGAUAAAGUUACUUAUAGUGUUCCAAAAAAAUAUCCUUUCUGUAUAGGCGCAUCUCGCAUUCGAUUCCUUUCUCACAAUGGCCGAUGCUAGCGCAGAAUGUAACAUCAAGGUGCUAUGUCGCUUCCGUCCACUGAAUCAGUCAGAAAUUAUCCGUGGAGACAAAUUCAUCCCCUCGUUCCAAGGAGAUGACACGGUGAUUAUCGGGGGGAAGUCCUAUGCGUUUGACCGUGUGUUUCCCACCAACACAACACAAGAACAGGUGUACAAUACUUGUGCCAAGCAAAUAGUCAAAGAUGUGCUGGGAGGAUACAAUGGCACCAUCUUUGCCUACGGACAGACCUCCUCCGGAAAAACACACACCAUGGAGGGCAAGCUACAUGACCCCCAUGGGAUGGGAAUAAUCCCCAGAAUUGCAGAGGACAUUUUCGAUCACAUAUUUGCCAUGGAUGAAAACCUUGAGUUCCAUAUCAAGGUGUCCUAUUUUGAAAUCUAUAUGGACAAAAUCAGAGAUCUUCUGGAUGUGACUAAGACCAAUCUGUCAGUGCACGAGGACAAGAACAGAGUUCCGUAUGUGAAGGGCUGCACUGAACGCUUUGUCUCCAGCCCAGAGGAGGUGAUGGAUGUUAUCGAUGAGGGAAAAGCCAACCGCCAUGUUGCUGUCACCAAUAUGAAUGAGCACAGCUCCAGGAGUCACAGCAUCUUCCUGAUCAACAUCAAGCAGGAGCAUGUGGAGACAGAGCAGAAGCUGUGUGGGAAGCUGUACCUGGUUGACCUGGCUGGGAGUGAGAAGGUGAGCAAAACAGGAGCGGAGGGGGCUGUCUUGGAUGAAGCUAAGAACAUCAACAAGUCCCUGUCCUCUCUAGGGAAUGUUAUCUCUGCUCUGGCCGAGGGAACUAAGACCCACGUGCCAUACCGGGACAGUAAGAUGACUCGCAUCCUGCAAGACUCUCUGGGGGGGAACUGCAGGACCACCAUGUUCAUCUGCUGCUCCCCCUCCAGCUACAAUGACCAGGAGACCAAGUCCACACUGAUGUUUGGACAACGAGCAAAGACUAUCAGGAAUACGGCGUCGGUGAACCUGGAGCUGACGGCAGAGCAGUGGAAGAAGAAGUACGAGAAGGAGAAAGAGAAGAACCGGGUGUUGAAGGACACGGUCCAGAGACUGGAGGCUGAACUGAACCGAUGGAGGAACGGUGAGGACUCCCUUAAAACAGGUGAGGAGGUUCCUGAGAUGGAGGUUCCCAUCCAGUCUGUUCUGCCCAGAGAAGAUAGCCUAGCCCGUCUCCCCAGAGAAGACAGCACCUCCUCUAGUCUGAAUCGUCUCCCUAGAGAAGACAGCUCCUCCUCUAUAGUAAUCAGGAUCUCAGAGGAGGAGAGACAGAAGUACGAGGAAGAAAUACGGAAGCUUUACAAGCAGCUGGACGACAAGGAUGAUGAAAUCAACCAGCAGAGCCAGCUGGUAGAGAAGCUGAAGGAGCAGAUGCUGGACCAAGAAGAGCUCCUGGCCUCCUCUCGUGGGGAUAGUGACAAGGUUUCAUCAGAGUUGGGAAGGCUACAGAUGGAGAGCAAUGUUGCCAAGGCCGAGGUAAAAGAGGUUCUACAGGCAUUGGAGGAACUGGCUGUUAACUAUGACCAGAAAAGUCAGGAAGUAGAGGAUAAGACUCUACAGAACAAACUUCUGGCUGAGGAGCUGGCCAAGAAAAUGGCUCAACUAAUGCGUAUCGAGGCAGAGCUGUCUCGUCUCCAGGAAGUGAGUGGUCAUCAGAGGAAACGCAUCGCUGAGGUUCUCAACGGCCUGAUGAGGGACCUUUCUGAGUUCAGUGCCAUAGUAGGCAACAAGGACAUCAAACUGCCCAUGGAAAUAACGGGUGCAAUUGAAGAGGAGUUCACUGUGGCCCGUCUCUACAUCAGCAAGAUCAAGUCAGAGGUCAAGUCAAUGGUGAAACGCUGCCGUCAGUUGGAGAACCUUCAGAUGGAGUGCCACAGAAAGAUGGAGGAGACGGGGAGAGAGCUGUCCUCCUGCCAGCUCCUCAUUUCACAGCACCAGGCAAAGAUCCGCUCCCUGACAGAGUACAUGCAGAACGUAGAGCUGAAGAAGAGGCAGCUGGAGGACAGCUACGACUCUCUGAGUGAAGAGCUGGCUAAACUCAAGGCACAAGAAAGCAUACUUGUGGUCACAAAGGGAGAGAACCCGACGGAGAUCGAGGAGGCGGCUGAUGUCAGGGUAACCAUGAGAGUUCUGGAGCAGCAGAUGGAGUCUCACCGCGAGACGCACCACAAGCACCUGGGACGCCUCAGAGACGAGAUCAACGAGAAACAGAAGAUCAUUGACGACUUGACCGACCGUAACCAUCGGCUCCAUUUGGAGCUGCAGCAGCUGAGAAGCGACUUUGACCAUCUGAGGAGCCAGGAGCACCACAAGACCCUACAGCUGGAGGAGCUGACAUUUCUUCAUGAGCGCCAUGAGCAGUCUAAACAGGACCUUAAAGGACUGGAGGAGACUGUCGCUCGUGAACUCCAGACUCUUCACAACCUGCGAAAGCUUUUUGUUCAAGACCUCACGACUCGAGUCAAAAGACAUUCAGAGAUGGAGGCAGAUGAUAGCGGUGGAUCGAGCCACCAGAAGCAGAAGAUUUCCUUUCUUGAGAACAAUCUGGACCAGCUUACAAAAGUUCACAAACAGUUGGUACGUGACAAUGCAGACCUGCGUUGUGAGCUUCCUAAGCUGGAGAAGCGUCUUCGGUCUACGGCUGAGAGAGUGCGGGCGUUGGAGGGUGCACUGAAGGAGGCCAAAGAGGGGGCCAUGAAAGACCGGAGACGCUAUCAACAGGAAGUUGAGAGGAUUAAAGAUGCAAUGAGGGCCAAGAACCCCCUCCGCAGGCCUCACACCGCCCAGAUAGCCAAGCCAGUCCGUCCAGGCCAGUUCCCUCUCUGCUCCCCCACCAACCAGUGGGUACGCGUCACUGAACAGCAGCACUCCAUCCAUUUUAGCAAUGCCAUGUUCCAAACCCCUAGCCAGAUAGCUAGCCAUCACACUAGCCACCCAGCUGUGUCCAGCGCCCCGAACUCCAACCCCUGCCAGACCAACAAGCACAACUCCAGUGACACCGGCUUCCCUCAGACUAAGACGCUGCAGACUGAGUCCGCCAAUGCCACCACAGUGGACAACAAUAUCACAGGGCAGACUACCACAGUGGAUAACCCAGUGGUAGAUAACUCUCCAGUGAAGGACCUCCCAGUGGAUAACCCAGUGGUAGAUAACUCUCCAGUGAAGGACCUUCCAGUGGAUAACCCAGCGUUAGAUAACUCUCCAGUGAAGGACCUCCCAGUGGAUAACCCAGUGGUAGAUAACUCUCCAGUGAAGGACCUCCCAGUGGAUAACCCAGCGUUAGAUAACUCCCCAGUGAAGGUCCUCCCAGUGGAUAUUCCAGCGUUAGAUAACUCUCCAGUGAAGGUCCUCCCAGUGGAUAACCCAGCGUUAGAUAACUCUCCAGUGAAGGUCCUCCCAGUGGAUAACCCAGCGUUAGAUAACUCUCCAGUGAAGGUCCUCCCAGUGGAUAACCCAGCGUUAGAUAACUCCCCAGUGAAGGUCCUCCCAGUGGAUAACCCAGUGUUAGAUAACUCUCCAGUGAAGGUCCUCCCAGUGGAUAACCCAGCGUUAGAUAACUCUCCAGUGAAGGUCCUCCCAGUGGAUAACCCAGCGUUAGAUAACUCCCCAGUGAAGCACCCUAGAGGAAAGAACACCAGGGAAAAGGGCCCUAUGUUGAAGAACCCUACAGUCAACUCCUCAGAAAUGGUGGAUGUGGACAGUGUCAAUGGCAACAACACAGAUAUCAAUGACAACAGCAUGUCUGUCAGUGUCCACUCCACUGUCGCUGUGUCCAGGAGUGAUGUCAAGCACCGCGCCAAUAACAGGAACCAGGACAACUCGGCCAGGUUGCACCACGUCAUCCAGCCAGAACCGGCUGCCAGCUAGUGAGUCAGCUCCUCAGGCAGCCGGUUUUGCCAAGACCUCCCUCGCAAAAUCUGCAUGCUGCCGACCAGCGACACUCUGAUCACUCCUUCCUCCCCCUCACCGAGUCGGACCGUCUCUCUCCUACCUCCUGCCUCCAUAGGACUCUCUGUGGCCCUCCAACCCUCUCUACCACUCUCCACCUUUCCCCAUCUCCCUCUCCUGCUUCCUAUUAGUCUAUACAAACCCCUUUGUUAAAUUAUUUGUAGGUGGUAUGAAUACAGCAACUGAUGUGACCAUGUGGGCUCUGUUUAAUAUGGGUAGUACAGGGUCUGAAUCUUGGCAGCAGAGAAAAAGCUGGGAAUGAAUGACUUGGCUUGAAUGGAAAUGGCACCCUGUUCCCAUGGGCCUGGGUCAGAGGUAGCGCCCUGUGUAAAGGGCUACAGUGCCAUUUGAGACAGCCUGGGUUUGGCAGCUUACAUUUCCUUUUAGGACCCUGUUGGAUCGAGCUAAGGCUGAACUAGCCAAUGAGGUUAGAGUGUGAGAGUGAGCAGUAUUCUACAUGGCCAUUAGGGAGCACUCUCACUGCUCCUCUCUGUCUAGUAGUCAUGCUGGGAAGGUAAACAUCGGAUCUUUUUAGGCUCUUUCUGCAAUUUCUGGACCUGUAUCAACCCAAUAUGAACCUAAUGUCUCUAUUGCACACAAAAAUAAUAUUUAGGCAAAUAUGGGCAAAAACCUAAACAACCACCUUGAAAUGGGAGAUUAAAAGAUCUAGUCAAAGCAUGGAAUAGUCUUCAAGUGAUCACAUUAUUCUUUUCACACAAUUAAUGUACAUAGAAAAGUAUACUAUAUAUUGCAUAUGUAUGUACAUGUAGGCAGUCAUAUACUGUAUUUACUCACACACAUAUACAGUAUAUAUACUUAUGGAUCCCCUUAGUUGAUGUGGCAGUAUUUAAAUGCAAUAACAAAUUCAGAUUGAGCUUACAAGCUUCAUGCUUAGAGCAAAUAGCAUCAUGCUUAGAGCAAAUAGUUGAUGUGUGUGGAUGAGUGUAUGGAUGAGUGUAUGGAUGAGUUAGGUCAUAGGAAAUCCACAAACAUCCUGAAAGAGACUCUGGCUUUUACUCAGAUGUGUGCACAUUAUCCUAGCUAUAGAAUAACAGCAGCUCCGUCUGAUCCAGGCACAGCAUGUCUACCUAGGCUGACGACCCGACCAAACAUUUCAAGGUUUUUUCUGAAAAAAAUGAUGUGUGCUUACUAAUGCAGUAACUCUUUUCAUCUGCUCAGAAACAUACUACAUCUGCAGGAAAAUACAUUUAUCCUAUAAAGGGAGAGAAAAAUUAUAUUCUGGGGCUGUAACAUACUCCUGUUUGGGUUGGAGAUAUUGGCAGUUCCAUAGGGUUCUUUGUUGUUCUAGAAGUUCUACUGGGUUUUUUAGGAUUCUGUGGGGUUUUGGAGGGUGAGGGAUAAAUAUGUAAAUAACACAAUUCCAAUUCACACAUGAAUAUGAAACCUUGUACAUGUGUGAACUAUGAACUAUAUAUACUGUAAGAACCCAUAUAAAUAUAAUGAUAAGCUCCAUUUACUCUUGAAGUAUUCUAUAGGGUUCCAGGGAGGGGUUCUAAAAGUUCCAAUGGUUUCUCUAGGAUUCAACAGGGUUCUGUAAGAUUCUAUAAUCUAUAUGCGGUUCUACAAGAUUCUUUAUGAUUCUCUAAGAUAGGGUCCUCGAGGGUUCGAUAUUGUUUUGGAGUGGGUUCUUUGAUGUUCUCGAGGGUUCUGUGAUGUUCCCUAGGCUUCUAUGGGGUUAUCCAGGGUUUUCUAGAAAUCUGUAUGUUGGACCUUCAUCUCAACAUGUCUGUCCUGUUGGCGUCUGUCCAGUGGUCUCUAGUUACAUUCACCAACAAAAAUAGAGAAAAUGUUAUUGGGAAAAGAUAUACAUUUUAGUAACUGUGUAGCAACUAUUUUUAUACUGUUCAUUGUUUUAUUAUCUAAGAUUAUUUAUGCUAUUUAUGAUUUGUUGUAUUUAAUUAUUUAUUGCAAGCUUUUUUCCUGUUAGGUGUGUCUACUCUGAUUUACACAUGUUGUUACUAUUUAUUAAUUUAUUGUUUACUGAAUGAUGAUAUUUCCGAUCUCAGAAAAAAAAAUUUGUGAGAAGACAAUAGUCCACAAAGAGACUCAAUCAAAUCAUUAAGAAUAAGCUGUGUUUUUGUUAAGCUGGCAUUCCAAAACUACCUAGACUCACCAGCCACUUAGGUACACCUGCUUGUUAACACAAAUAGACCAACAGCUGCAACUCAAAACAUAAAGCAAGCAGACAUGAUCAAGAGGUUUAGUUGUUGUUCAACCAAAUAGAGAGGGGAAGUCGAAUGAUCUAAGAGACUUUGACUGUGCCAGAUGUGACUUUCACACUUUACUGCCUGUAGAGCAGAUGCAUUCAAACCUAGGGUCAUAGCGGAAAGGCGACCCGCCUUUUAUUUUUACAGAAAAUAAUAAAAUAUUAACUAAUAUAACUAUAAACAUCUUGACGAGAAAGUUCAAUGGAUUAACUUUCACAACAUCAAAAUGUAUUGUUUUUAAUAGGCUACAAUAUAUAGCCUAGUCUGAUUAUUUUGCUUUAAGAACAACAAACUUUGCAUGGCCAGUUGCUACCUGGCAAUGAAAAUAUUCGUUUGAAAAUAAAAGUAUUUGUUUUUGAAUUUUUUUAUUUUUCAUAAGCUGUGUUCACUGCUAGUUUGAUUACUGCUUGUAGGGGCUAGUGCACGGUUUGCCAGAAAAAAUGACAAUUAUAUGAUUUGUCAUUGUGGGUUGACUUUAGCGCUGCUGGAAUGUUGUCAACAAAACGUACACAAGGCUUCACACAUGGGAACAAAUUCUGGUCCCUCCCAAAACAGUCUGAAUACCACUGCUCUAGAGUUCACCGAGAAUGGCGCGAUAAGCAUAAAAUCAUCCAGUGAGCAGCAGUUUUGUGGGCAAAAACAUGAGAGGUCAAAAAGGCCACAAACACAAAAAUAGCGUUGGUGUGCAGAAGGGCAUCUUUGAUCGCACGUGUUGAACUUUAUGCUGAAGGGCGACGGCAGCAGAACAACAUGCUAGGUUGCUACUAGUUUACCUGCUACAGUGGGCAGUCAGUGCCUGAUUCCCAAAGGCCUGUCUGCAUUUACAGAGAAAGAAAUAAGAAUGUAAAGAACAGGGACAUUUUGUUAGUUUUAGUGUAGUGUGGGAAACCCUUCACUGUCUAAUGUCUCACUAAUACCCCUUUUGAAAGACUCCCACUAGUAGGCAUCUGCUUGGUGUGAUGGCUGAACUCUGUUAGACAUGCAGCCUGGUUUACCAAUGCGGUGUGUAAACUCUUAACACACACACACACACAGCAAGUGAGCUCUCUUCCCAGCAAAUGGGUCCGUCCUCAGGAUACAACAGCACAACCUCCUUAAGGCCUUUUAUUUGAGUUUGCAGGGUUUGAACACCUCCUCUGUUCACCUCCUGAUCAAUCAGUCAGGAUUAGAGAGGGGUGAAGGGUGCAGGCUGGGGAGAGAUUGUGUGCGUGUGCACCUGGGUGUUGAACGAAAUGGGUUGGAGUUACAGUCCUCUCUCAUGCACUGUGAGUCUUUAAAUGUAGGGUUGGCAACAGUGAUUCUUUUUUUUAAUAACUUUUGUUUCAAUGGGGGAAUUUUGUUUUGCUAAGAAAUAGGUGAUUUUGCAAAACAAUGAUCAAAACCACAAAUUUGCUAUACAUUAGUUUAAUUGAGGAAAUGUGUUCCCAACCAUUCCCAGAAAUAAAAUAUGAAAAAAUGAUUUUGUAUAUCAAUGUGUAAUGAAUGUAUGACAUUAUUGGUAAUUUUUAUUGUCAUAUCCACUUUUUCAAGUUAUUGUACCCCAACCAUCCGCUAUACCUAAUCUAAUCUAGUAGCCUACCCCUGCUAAAACAUGAACAAAAGUCUCAUUGAAAUCUAUAAUGCAUUGUGCACUUUAGGUCAAGAGCUUGUUUGACCAUUGAACAUAACAUGCUGUUAAAUUAGAGUUUGAACCCUGGGGGGAAAAAGGUACAUUGUUUACAAUCCAAGGAAACAGAAUGUGGGAAGUGGACAGUAUCCUAUGUUUUCCUAGUCUUACAUUAUACAGGGCAAACAGAUAUUGGUCCAAAUCUCUGCACUGUAUGUAUAAAUGUGUUAUCUGUAAUGUCUGGUGACGGCAAUGAUGAUGUUGAUGAGAAUUAUUAUGAUGUUGAAGACGACGACGACGAUGAUGAUAUUUGGUGAUGAUGAUCACGAGUAUUGUUAUGAUGAUAUUGAUGAUGGUAAUAAUGAAACUGAGUGUGAGUUUGUCUGUUUGUCUGUUGCUUGACUAAUCAGUCAGUUGGAAAGAUGUUCUGGUCAUAUCUCUGAUACUGUAGCAAUCACAAUGCAUAGUGUACAGAGCAUUAUGGGUACUUUAGUGUAUCGUGAUACUUCAGCAGCCUAAAUGCAUAGUGUACAGAACGUUAUUGGUUCUGUAGUACAUCACCAUACUGUAGCAGCCUAAAUGCAAUGUAGAGAGCAUUAUGGGUACUGUAGUGUUUCAUGCGCCAAAAUCAGAAACAUAAAAGACUGGUUAAUACAGUAUACCCAAAAAAUAUAAAAAAUAAACAUACAGGCUAGUGGAACCACCUUUAUUGGUUGGCUUGUUGGAUUGUUUGUUUAUUUGUGUGUUUAUUUGUUUGUUUGACUCUAGUGUGUGUGAUAGUGCAUGCAGUUGAUGCCUCAGUAGCCACUGAGAUACGAAAAAAUGUUAUUAUAAUGAAACUCUUUCAAUAAAGAUUAUCCACAUCACAAA